AAUUUUUAUGUUCACGCGCGUCUGCCUAACUGUCAAAUCAAAAAGUAGAAUUCAAAACAGAAUUAUUUUAUUGAAUGUAUAGUAAUUUUGCAUUACAAUUUAUAGUGCGAAGACUAGAUAUAAAUAAAUCAUCUAUGUUGAGACAGUGAGCGAGCAUAAUGGAUAUCAAUGAAGGUACAACGACAGAUGACCUAUGGACUCCAUACAAGGAACUGGUGUCAGUGGUGGAGGGAUACCUUGCUCACGAGAGCGGGGAGGCUCCCUACUCUGUCCACACAUUUGAGUCCGUGCUGCGUAGACACAAACAUACAUUCCUUACUCUAUUGAAGAAUCCGGCAAAGAACACAGCGAGUCGAGAAGAAAUAAAAAGAGGCAUUACAGAAGGCAUCACAUUACCCAGUGUGGGCCGCACACUACUCUCCAAGGAGCUGGUGGAUGAAGCCAUCAUUAUAUCAGACAUGUACAAUGUGAGUGAGUACCUGGCUCUGGAACUGUUGCACACGGCGCAGCGGCAGUUGCCGCGGCACCCGGGCCUGCCGCGUGGGCUGGUCGCCGUGCUGCUCUACUACGACGGGCGGCGCGCGCUAGUGCAGGCGCUGAAAGAGCUCGCCAUGGCCAGGGACGGCGUGUGUUGGUCAAUAAACGCCCGUGAGGAGAUAAUAGCAUAUGUGUCGCGUUACGUGGAGCAGCUGAUCUCGGAUGGGCUGCUGGGCAACGUGCUGGAGGCGCUGGGCCGGUUCACGGUGGAGACCGAGCUGGAGCUGCUGCAGCGGAACCGCGCGCUGCCGCCGCACAAGCACCACGCGCGGCUGCUCGCAACCAUGGACAAUACUAGAAAGUUAAUGGCUGGAGUGAUUUUUGCUGCUUCAGCACAGAGAGGUCUCAGCAGAGAUAUGCUUCUAAGGCUGCUUGCAGAUCAAACCACGUCGGCCACACAAGGUCCCACCGGAGCGCUGGACGAAGUGUCGCUUGCGCUGCAGAUGGCGCUGCUCUACGCGUUAGAUUUAUCAGUAUUGCACAGGCGUGAAGAUGGUGAAGAAUUAGCUAAGAAACUGCCCCUUAUCCAAGAUCCGGAACUGAUAUCUGUGCUCGUGGACGAGCUCACUCCUCCAGGGAAUCCUCCAGAAGUUCCUGAGAAAGGGUCGGGGGUUCGUGCGUUGUGCCAGUUGUCACUCGGCCUGGCGCUGGCCGCGUUGAAGCGCGCGCCGCAAUCACUGGUGCGUGGGGCUUCGGCUGACCUGCUGGACCAAGACGAGAUGCUUGUGGAUGCUGCUAUAGAUGGACGGGUGUUUGAGUACCUUGAGGAGGCGAUCCUGUCCACAGAUUAUGUGGUGAAAGAAGAGUAUUACCAGCGACGCAUACAUUCGCUCAUUACUGACUUCAUCGUGCUGAUGCAUUCCAAGCUCAUGGAAAUGAGAGUCAAGGCUGACGAAGCAGCGCGCGCGGCGGCUGCGUACGCGCAGGAAGGUCUCGCGGGGUGGGGCGCGGGCUCGCGGCCGCGGCUGCACGCGCUGCUGGCAUGCGUGCGACGGUUGUACGCGCGCGACCCGCUGAAGUUGCGCUACGACUACUGGGCGGCGUGCGGCGGCAGUGGCGGUGGCGGCGGGAGCGGCAGGGCGGAGCCGCGCGCCGCCACGCUGUACAAGUUCGUGCGGCUGGCGGGCGGGCUGGCGUGCGCGGCGCUGCUGCCGGCGUACCUGCGGGCACUGGCGGCGCUGGCGGUGCCGCGCCACACGUGGGCGCUGCUCGCCAGGAGGGACGCGCUCUCCGCACACCACCUGCUCACCGCGCUGCACAGAUACUACCAUAAUCUACGAGCGGACCCUUCGCCGUUCGCGGACCACUUGCACUCGUCGUCUAUGGGAGCGUCGGCUAUCGUCACACCGGGAGCGCGGCCUGGGAAGCUUAUGGUCCGGCAGGAGGAGGUGGAGGCCAUGAUAGCGGCCCUGCAACUGAUCGCGGCCGUGGCCCGGGAGGACCAGGCCGCGUGCGUCAGCAUCUGCGAGAAUUUGCAGUGGGAUGCCAUUAACUGCAUGUUUGGUCUGAUGUGCUGCCACGUGCCGAUCCAGCUGAAGGCGUGGCUGUGCAGCGCGGCGGCGGCGCUGGGCGCGGGCGGCGGCGCGGCGCGCGCGUGGGCCGCGCUCGAGCACGCGCGCCUCGUCGCCGCGCCGCGCGCGCUCGCCGCCGACCUCAGGGAGGUGGAGUGUCGCAUGGAAGAGUACCCAGUGUCCCGCGCGCUGGUGUCCCUGCUAGAGGCACUCUCGGCCGCGGCGCCGUUGCCCCGGGCCCUCGGCGCCGGCACGCGUACCCCUGGGCUUGACCCCUACGUGGACUACGUCCUCAACCAGCUUGCGCUACCGGCACCACACAGAUCUUAUGCUAAGCCGCAUGAGAAGUGGGAGAUGCUGUCGCUAUGCUUCCGGCUGUUCGUCCGUUGGCUGGAGCAAUACGAGCCGUCCCCAUCAGACUUUCCCCCAACAGGUCGGGAGCCGGACGCAAAUCCGCCGCCCGGGUUCCGCUUGUUGGUGCAGCUGCACACCAAGUCCGAGCUGUUGCGGCUGCUGCUCACGUCGCUGGACGAGGCGCAUGAGUUGCUGGACGGGCAGCCCGGACAGAGCAGGGAGUUUGUGGAGCAGAGCCUCGUGAGCAUCCUGCAGCUGCUGGAGCGCGCGCUGUCACUGGAGCGCGCGCUCAACAGCGCCGCCGUGCAGGCCGGCCGCGGCGUGCUGCUCGUCGGACUCUCCAAGCUCAUACUCGAGCCGGAAGGUCCGGAGAACUGCUGCCGGCUGGUGACGUGCUGCCGCGUGGUGUCGCACGGGCCGCAGCUGGCGCGCGCCGCGGCCGGCGCCGUGUCGGUGCUGCGCCUGGCGCUGCACGCGCCCGCCGCCGCGCGCCACCUGCUCGCGCUGCUCACGCACAAGCACGCGCGCGCUGCAGAAGUCAGACACGGUUUCGUGGAAUGUCUGGAAGCAGAAGAGUACGGAGACGACGAGGAGACGGCGUCGCUGCGGCAGGCGAAGGAGGGCAUCGUGAUGUUGCUGCACGAGCUGCUCCCCACCGCGCCGCCCAACCUCGCGCACUUCCUGCUGGGGUACCAGCUCACCGACGAUGUAUCCCGCAGUGCCCUGAACGAGCCAGGUGCGGCGGGGUACCCGCGCACGUGCCUGCACUCCAUACUCGACCUGCUGGACCAACACAUAUCGGGACAGAAUGCUGCUAAUAGAGAAGCGACGGACCUGAUCGAGAGCUGUUACCGCCUGGUGUAUUGGCUGUGCGCGCGUCCCACCACAUCUGCGCCGAUGUUGCGCUUCUUGCGCUCCAGAGACUACUUCCUGUGUCGACAUGUCAAACACUUGGUCGACUUGAAGAGCGCGAGCGCGGUGACGAUCUCUGCGCGUUCGUGGGUCGUCCGCGCGUGCGCGAGCUCGUGCGGGGCGGCGGGCGCGGCGCGGCAGGUGGCGGCGCUCUCCGCUCUGCUGCACGCGCUCGCGCACGCGCCCGCCGCCGCGCACACGCACACCGCGCAGGAUUGGGAGUGGUGUCUCCUGCGUCGGCUUAUUGAAGAUCUCCCAAUGAGCGUGGAAGAGACACCUGAGCCGCGAUGGGAGUUGUUCCAACCGAAUCAACUGCGACAAGCCAUCGCUUCUUGUGACUUACCUACAGGUAUGGGAGGCAAACGCAUCAGCGUGUCUCGCGUGCUGGCGCUACUCACGCGAGAGUUAGCAGCUCUCAACGCCACCGCGCCGCAGAGGAACCUCGUCUCGCUGGAGAUACAGAAGGUGUUAGAUUACGUAACGGAAGUGAACCACCAGCGUAACCUCGCCGCGACUCUCACACACUACUACGACUCGUGGCGGCAGCUUACGGAGAUAUUGUUCUGCGUAGUGCCCCACGAUAUCCUGGACGUGGAAUCCAGGAAGACUCUCCUGCUCAACAUCCUGCAGGACCUUCUCAACAAAAUACAACCCAAUGAUGUCCUACCCCAAAUAGGAAACCUGGCUUCAGGCACUGUAUUACUCCUCCUGGUCAAUCUACGUCACUGCUACAUAUUACAGAAGAGGGAAUCGAAUUUAAAGACGAGCGACUUCGAAACGUCAUUUUUUGGUCCUUCGAACCAGAUUAUGCAAACAAAUUCAUUGACCCUAAAGUUUAUACUGAAGAAGAUUCUCAGCUGGAUCUUGGUUUCGGGGGGUUCGACGCAGAAAAUGCGCGUGAAUCUUUACGGAGCGCUAUUGAACUAUUUGAAUAUAGUUAAUUUGAAACAUAGCCCGGCGGAUCCGGAAGAGGACGUCAACAGCACUUAUGUCAGUCGACUUGACAGUUCGAAAGUUAAGUCGAGUAGGGAAGAGUCAUCGUUGAGGUCCAUGGCUAUUGACGUUAUCAGCGAUUUCGGGGAGAACCUGUGCACGAUAGUGUGCAGUGACUGCAUCGGUGCGGGACACGAUGUAUGCAGGAUGGUUGCCCUGUCCUGCCUGGAUAUGCUGAUUGAAAUCAACCCGAGGACUGAUUGGAUGAACACGCUCACGAAUCAAGGGUACUUGAGAAGUUUGAUUGACAGCUUGCUGCAGGAUGAUGAGGGACUGAAGGAGGCCCUGGAGCCCCAGCCGAAGUCCCUGCGCGUGCUGUACGUGUAUGAAUCCAAGAUGGCGCUGCUAAUCAAGUUGGCGGCGAGUCGCGCAGGCGCAGAGACGGUGCUGUCGCAGGGCGCGCUGGCGAGCCUCGCCAACCUCUCCGCGCUCGACUGCCAUCCCGACAUACACACUGGAUACAAUUCACAUAAAGACACCGAAUUCGUGCCCUCAGUCGCUAACAGAUUCCGUCAGAUCCUGGUGCCGGCGCUGUCGCUGUGCGACGCGCUCCUGACGACGCUCGGCGCGCAGAACCACAGCUGCGUCAUCCACGUCACCCACAUGCUGCUCAGCCAUGUCGAGUGCGUCGACAUGGUGCUCAGGGCGGCGCACCCCGAGAGUUCGCGCGAGGUGCUGCGCGAGGUGGAGGCGGUGACGUCGGUGGUGGGGCGCGCGGUGGGCGCGGCGAGUGCGGCGCGCGCCGGCGCGGGCGCGGAGCUCGAGGCGCUGGCGGGCGCGGCCGCGGCGCUGCGCCGGCUGCAGGGACUCAUGCUGGCGCUGCUGGCGCGGUGUGCGAGGGCCGAGCACGUCAAGCACGACGACGACGCCUCCGCACUGCUAUACUAUAAGAUAAUUUGCAACUUGCUGACGUACGCUCGAAACCUGAUAUCGACGUCGGCCGACCGGUCGGUGAUCUGUCCGUUGGCGAACAUGGAGGGCGGCGGCGUGCCGGAGGGGCUGCAGUGCGCGGUGCUGGUGCCGCUGCUGCGGUACCUCAUGGAGCGUACGCACCACCAUCGCAAAUUGCUGGCCACCACGCAGCACCAGUUGCAUGCAGUGCCUACUAUGACACUCGACGAGCUGCGUAAGAUGGUGAGCGGGCCGGGCACGCUGUCGCCGCUGGAGGUGCGGUCGCGCGCGUGGCGCGGCGCGUGGGAGCGGGCGCGCGCGCGGCGCCGCGAGCUGCGCUGCUGCGUGCACGCGCGCGACUCCGCGCUGCUGCUCGUGUGGGCGCGCACGCGACACGCGCUCAUGCUCAUGCCCCAACUCGACCAUAGCACCACAGUGCUAAGCCCCGAGGACGCGUGGCGCGGCGCGGGCGGUGAAGAAGCGUCGCAGUUGCGCAAGGAACUCAUCGCCGUGUUCAACGACCGGUUCACAGAACAGCUGCUGGACACCGCGGAGAACCAGCCGGCAACGCAGCGGAAUUUUCUCGAAGUGUUGGUGAAAGACAUCAAGGCUAUGAUACAGUUUUCACCGCUGUGAUGUUAAGAGUGAACAUGUACGAGCCGAGAACUGAAGUCUUUGUUAAACUAAAUGUAUUUUUGUAAUUAUGUUGCCACGAAAAUAAAAUUUGAUAAUUUUUGUC